UCUCUUUUUUUUCUUUUAUAUCACUGGCUCCCUCCAGCUCGUAGUGCUCGCCGCCGAUGUCGAGCUCCUAAUCGCUGGCGGCCGAAACGCCGGCCGCCUCCGCGGCCCGCAUCGCCGGCCGCGACCUCAAUCGUCCGUCGAGGAAUCCCGUAUUGCUCGAUCGAAUAAUCGGGAUGGUAAUGACGCCGUCGCCUGGCUGCAAGCUGUGGCCGUCGCAGGGCGAUGCGGGAACGGCGGCGGCGGCGGCCCUGGACUCCCUCCCGCCGGAGAUGCUCGCCGACGUCAUCUCCCGUCUCCCCAUCCGCGAGACCGUCCGCACUUCGGCGCUCUCCCACGUGUCGCGCCGCUGCUGGGAGUCCGUCCCCUACCUCACCUUCUGUUGGCCACGCCGCACGCCCCCCGGCGCCAUCAGCACCGCCCUCCGGCGCUAAUCCGGCCUCGUCCGCAAGUUUACCAACUUGUAUAUCGGGGAGGAGGAGGAGGAGGAGGCGCCGUUCCGCUACUCCGACCGCUGGCUGCUCCUCCUCGCCGGGAAGGGGGUCCAAUCCCUCUUCCUUGCUUUCUGACGGUCGGACGAGGAGAUCCCUAUGCUGCAUUCUCUAUCUUCUCGUGCUGCGAGCUCACCCAGCUCGAACUUGCAGACUGCUACAUCCCAGGGUUGCCAACCUGCUUCGCGGGGUUCCCAAAUCUAACCAGUCUAAGAUUAUCAGAUGUUGGCUUCCCAGAUGGAGCAAAAGGAUUGGAGAUAUUGCUCGCUAGAUCGCCAUUGCUAAAGAGCCUUUCACUCCUGAUGUUGCUGUUUCCUGCUAAAAACGGGGUGUAUCACCAGUGGGUUAUUCAGGCUCCAAAUCUCCAGAACUUUUUUAUUACUGGACUGUAUGACGAUGGUUGGCAGAUCGGUGAUCUCACGUUCCUUGAGGAAGCAACAGUCGAUUGGCCAUUAUACUCAUAUGACCGUGAUUUCGUCAAGCUUAUUACAGGGUUGUCUCAAGCAAGGGAGCUCGACUUUGCAAUGCCGGUGAGAGAUGUUAAUGUUCUGGAGGGACUGUCGUGCUCCUUUAAGAAUCUGAAAUGUUUAUCGUUAUGUACAAGUCUUCACUUGUUGUCAAAUGUUUUGUCGUUUUUUUGUAUAAUCAGGAAUGCCUCUAAACUCGAAACUUUGCGUAUUAAGCUCUUUGAUGAUUCCACUCAAGACGAUGAAGUUGAUAAUGAUUUUCUAAAUGGACAGUGGACUGAUGACUUAUUCUCCAAUCUUAAAAGUGUUUACGUGAGAAAUAUGACGUGCAAGUUAAGUGAGAUGCAUUUUAUUGAGUUUAUUUUGUCAAAGGCAAGAAAUCUUGAAAAAAAUGAUGUCUGCCUAGCUGAAGAUUGUUCGAAAUCUAAUGAAGAGGCAGUUAUAGAACUUGCAAAAUAAAAUAUAGGCGAGCUUCUCCACAAGCCAAGGUAUUCUUCAGCCGUGUUGAGUAAGAUUAAUUUUUGAAGUAUCUGUAACUUGCGUGAAUUAGGACCCAGGCUCCCAGCUUUGGUCCUCCUCCUAAGAAAAAAGAAAGUCAAGUUAAGCUUGAAACUUCAGGCGCUAGAUCUGAAUUAUGUGGAUGAAGCAGCUACGAUUAUUGUAAGAAUUAUUUGGAUGCGGCACCUAUGAUUAUUGUAAGUCUAACUCUGGGUGCGAUGUAGAAUUGUGGAAGUAGUAAUAGAUUGUUACUGAACAAAAUGUUGGAUUUUUUGUGCUUUUGCCUUCUCGUGGUGGUCCUUCCUGCUUCUGAAUUGCUAAAUCUCUCGGGGAGAGAAGUCAUUAUAACCCUCUUGUACUUUCCAGCAGUCGAAUCUGAACAUUGACCUCUCAAA